AUGGCAGGAGGAGCUUUUGUUGAUGCUCCAAGUGGGAAGAGCUAUGAGGGUGGUAUCACUGCCUUUGUAAUUUUCACUUGUGCGGUUGCUGCCAUGGGUGGCCUCAUCUUUGGUUACGAUAUUGGAAUCUCAGGAGGGGUGACUUCAAUGGAACCGUUCUUGAGAAAGUUUUUCCCAUCGGUUUACAAAAAAAUGAAAAAAGCCGGUAGUGGAAAUGAAUACUGCAAGUUUGAUAGCCAGCUACUAACAUUAUUCACAUCUUCCCUUUACAUCGCAGCAUUAGUAGCGUCCUUCUUUGCUUCUAUUGUUACUAGGAGAUUUGGCCGGAAAAUGUCCAUGUUUAUUGGAGGUUUGGUUUUCUUAUUCGGUUCUAUCCUAAACGGUGCAGCUGUGAACAUUGAAAUGCUGAUCAUUGGUCGCUUAUUGCUUGGUGUUGGUGUUGGAUUUGGUAAUCAGGCGGUUCCAGUGUAUCUAUCAGAGAUGGCUCCAGCAAAGUUUAGAGGAGCACUCAACAUUGGUUUCCAAAUGGCCGUUACAAUAGGGAUUCUAGUGGCCAAUCUUAUUAACUAUGGAACGGCACGGAUCAAGGGUGGAUGGGGUUGGAGACUUUCUUUAGGUCUUGCGGCUGUCCCUGCAAUAUUGAUGACUAUAGGAUCUCUUUUCCUUCCAGACACACCCAAUUCCAUACUAGAGAGAGGCCACACUGAGAAGGCAAAGCAAAUGUUACGAAAAAUUCGUGGCACUGACAAUGUGGACGAGGAGUUUCAAGACCUUUUUGAUGCGUCUGAGGCUGCAAAGAAAGUAGAUCAUCCGUGGAAGAACAUCGUGCAGCCAAGAUAUAGACCUCAACUUGUCAUUUCCGUUCUCAUCCCAUUCUUCCAACAACUCACUGGCAUUAAUGUGAUAAAUUUUUAUGCACCUGUUCUCUUUAAGACCCUAGGCUUUGGUGACAAUGCUUCACUCAUGUCUGCUGUUAUAACUGGUACUAUCAAUGUUCUUGCUACGUUUGUUUCCAUCUUCACGGUUGACAAGUUUGGAAGAAGGAUUUUGUUCCUUGAAGGUGGCAUACAAAUGAUUAUAUCCCAGGCUGCAAUUGGAGCUAUGAUAGCUAUUUAUUUUGGGGUCGAUGGUGACGGAAACUUGUCAAAGGUUCAAGCCGAUAUUCUCUUAUUUUUAAUUUGCACUUAUGUAGCAGCAUUCGCAUGGUCUUGGGGACCGUUGGGUUGGUUGGUACCUAGUGAAAUCUGCCCUCUAGAGAUCCGAUCGGCGGGCCAAGCCAUCAACGUAUCUGUCAACAUGUUAUUUACGUUUGUCAUUGCUCAAGUUUUCCUCACUAUGCUUUGCCACAUGAAGUUUGGUCUCUUUUUUUUCUUUGCUGGAUUUGUCAUCACCAUGACUAUUUUCAUAUCCUUCUUCUUGCCCGAGACGAAGAACGUAAAUAUAGAAGAGAUGAUUAGAGUGUGGAAGGCACACUGGUUUUGGGGGAAGUAUAUCCCAGACGAUGCAGUCAUUGGCAAACAUGAAAGGUCUAAUUAG